GCCUGAGGGAGGCGGGCACGAUGGCGGCUAAGGCCCUGGCGGCCGAGGCCGUGGCUUCGCGCCUGGAGCGGCAGGAGGAAGACAUCCGUUGGCUGUGGGCGGAGGUCCAGCGCCUGAGGGACGAGCAGCUGAACGCGCCCGAACGGUGCCCGGCCCCGGCCGAGGGACAGUGCCUCCUGCGGGAGGUGGCGCAGCUCCGGGCCGAGAAUCGCGACUUGCACCACCGCCUGUAUCGUCUGCGGCUGUGCCUGGCCGAGGAGCUGAGCCACCGAGCCAAGCGAGAGGGCGCGGCGCGGGCGGCGGGGGCGCGGGACGAGGCCGGGCGCGGGGCGGUCGGCGCGCAGCCUUCUUCUAUUCAAAGCCAAGAAAAGGACGCUAAAAAGAAGAAAGUGAAGGAAAUCGAGCCAAACAGUGAGGUGAAAUGCCAACCGAAUUUCAUAAAAGAAAGAUUGAAGCUUUUCCAAAUACUGAAGAAAGAUCAUCAACCUUUGCUUGGUGAGAAGAAGGAGAGUACAAGCAAUGUGAUCACAGUAAGAGUGGCUGGUAGGAAAACAGUUGAAGGGGAAGUGUGGAAAACAACACCUUAUCAAGUGGCUGCUGAAAUUAGUCAAGAACUGGCUGAAAGCACAGUAAUAGCCAAAGUAAAUGGUGAGCUGUGGGACCUGGACCGCCCCCUGGAAGGGGAUUCUACUCUAGAGCUGCUUAUGUUUGAUAACGAGGAAGCUCAAGCUGUAUACUGGCACUCCAGUGCUCACAUUCUUGGGGAGGCCAUGGAGCUUUACUAUGGGGGCCACCUCUGCUGUGGUCCACCCAUUGAAAAUGGAUUUUAUUAUGACAUGUUCAUGGAAGACAGAGCAGUGUCCAGCACAGAAUUGUCAGCCUUGGAAAAUAUAUGUAAAGAUAUUAUAAAAGAAAAGCAAGCCUUUGAAAGAUUAGAAGUCAGCAAGGAAAUCCUCCUGGAAAUGUUUAAGUACAAUAAAUUUAAAUGCUGCAUCCUGAAUGAGAAGGUGAACACUGCAAGCACCACAGUGUACAGGUGCGGUCCACUAAUUGACCUUUGUAAAGGCCCCCAUGUGAGACACACUGGAAAAAUUAAAACCAUAAAAAUUUUCAAGAAUUCCUCAACAUAUUGGGAGGGCAAUCCUGAAAUGGAAACCUUGCAGAGGGUCUAUGGGAUAUCCUUUCCUGACAGCAGCAUGAUGAAAGCAUGGGAAAAGCUCCAGGAGGAAGCCAAGAACCGAGAUCACAGGAAGAUCGGGAAGGAGCAAGAGCUUUUCUUUUUCCAUGAUCUGAGUCCUGGAAGCUGUUUUUUUCUUCCCAGAGGAGCCUUCAUUUAUAAUACACUUAUGGAUUUCAUACGAGAGGAAUAUCAUAAACGUAACUUCAUGGAAGUGCUCUCUCCCAAUGUGUACAACAGUAAACUCUGGGAAGCCUCUGGCCACUGGCAGCAUUACAGUGAGAACAUGUUUGCUUUUGAGAUUGAAAGGGACACUUUUGCUCUUAAACCCAUGAAUUGUCCAGGCCACUGUCUAAUGUUUGCCCAUCAUCCACGAUCUUGGAGGGAAAUGCCUAUUAGAUUCGCUGAUUUUGGAGUUCUGCAUAGAAAUGAACUGUCGGGGACUUUAAGUGGCUUGACCCGAGUCAGGCGCUUCCAGCAGGAUGAUGCUCACAUCUUUUGCACAGUGGAGCAGAUUGAAGAAGAAAUAAAAGGAUGUUUGCAGUUUUUGCAAUAUGUUUACUCAACAUUUGGCUUCUUCUUCCAAUUAGACCUGUCAACAAGGCCUGAAAACUUCCUGGGAGAGAUAGAGAUGUGGGAUGAAGCUGAAAAGCAACUGAAGAAUAGCUUGAUGGAAUUUGGAGAACCAUGGAAAAUGAAUCCAGGAGAUGGAGCAUUUUAUGGCCCUAAAAUUGAUAUAAAAAUCAAGGAUGCCAUUGGCAGAUACCAUCAAUGUGCUACAAUUCAGCUGGACUUCCAACUGCCAAUUAGGUUUAAUCUCACGUAUGUUAGUAAGGAUGGAAAUGAUAAGAAGAGACCUGUAAUCAUUCAUCGAGCCAUCUUGGGGUCAGUGGAAAGAAUGAUAGCCAUUCUUUCAGAAAACUAUGGGGGGAAAUGGCCUUUCUGGCUUUCUCCUCGUCAAGUAAUGGUCAUCCCUGUGGGGCCAACUUGUGAAGAAUAUGCACUUCAGGUGUCCAGUGAAUUUUUUGAAGAAGGAUUGAUGGCUGAUGUUGAUUUAGAUCAUAGUUGUACACUAAAUAAGAAAAUACGAAAUGCACAGCUGGCUCAGUAUAAUUUUAUUUUGGUGGUUGGAGAAAAGGAAAAGAUAAAUAAUGCUGUAAAUGUUCGAACAAGAGACAACAAAAUUCAUGGAGAGAUUUCAGUAAUUUCUGCUAUUGAUAAAUUGAAGAAUCUCAAGAAAUCACGUACACUAAAUGCUGAGGAAGACUUCUGAAGUCCUUUCCUUGUACUUGCCUCUGUGUAACUUUGUUGUGACCCUCACCCAGUUAACAUAUUAGUGCUUUUCAGAACAGUAGACCCACUGAUGGGCCCACCCAUGCACUCAGUUGAGAAAGGAGACAGUGAAUGGGUAGCUUAUCUGUCCAAGUUUAAUUCACUGUUGUACUCUGGGGACAAUUAGAGGGCAAGUGUGGGACACUGUCAAGCAGUCAACACCUUGACAGACUUAAAUGGGGAAAUGUUAUUCAUCAAAAGAGGAAACACUAGGAAAUGAGAAUUAUAAAAUGUCAUGGGUCAGAUUUGUGAUUUUCAGAAGGUGGGCUUUCAAAUAAAAGUUUGCCGAAUUUUUUUGAACAUGGGGAAUCUUAUUUUAUAAUACUGUCUCAGGUAUUUUUAUGACCGUUACCCUUAAUUUCACAUUGAAACUUUAUCUUCAACGUUGGAAUUGUUACUUAAUUUUAACUAAACCACAAAAGCAGCAGCUAGUACUAAAUACUGGAUCAUGACAAAAGACUGAACAUCAAAGAAACUCAGUGUAGUGAAAGCUGUUGUUUGCAAUAUGGGUUAAGAGGUGCCCUUGUAAUGCUCUAAUUCAUAACUGAGCCUUGUUCACCUGGAGAAAAAAUAAAAUGCAUCAUA